UGGAGCUCUAUAUAUAUUGAGAACAGAAUGGGAAAUAUUAUUGCAGCACUCAAGCAAAUAGAAGGUUGAUCGAUCUCGAUAUGGCUUCUAACCCAGGUCUGCUAACUGACUGGCCAUGGACACCCCUCGGCAACUUCAAAUAUGUGGUUUUGGCUCCGUGGGCAAUUCACAGUGUGUACUCGUUCAUGGUGAAGGACGAGAGAUCGAGAGACCUCGUCAACUUCCUCAUUCUCCCGUUCAUGCUUAUGAGGAUUCUUCAUUCCCAGUUUUGGAUUUCAUUCUCUCGUCACCGAACUGCCAAGGGCAACAAUCGCAUUGUCGAAAAGCCUAUUGAUUUUGACCAGGUUGAUCGUGAAAGAAACUGGGAUGAUCAGAUCAUCUUCAAUGGAGUGCUUUUCUACUUGGGAAACAGAUAUUUGCCUGGAAGCUCUCAUCUACCCUUGUGGAGAUGGGAUGGUAUAAUUUUGACCAUCUUGCUUCAUGCUGGCCCUGUUGAGUUCAUCUACUAUUGGUUCCAUAGAGCUUUGCACCACCAUUUUCUUUAUUCUCGCUAUCAUUCUCAUCACCAUUCUUCUAUCGUCACCGAACCCAUUACUUCUGUGGUUCAUCCAUUUGCGGAACACAUAGCAUACUUCAUGUUAUUUGCCAUCCCAUUGUUGACAUGUUCUUUUACGGGGACUGCCUCCAUCGCUUCUAUUGCGGGUUAUCUUAUUUUUAUCGACUUCAUGAACAACAUGGGACAUUGUAACUUUGAGCUCAUCCCAAAGAGGUUUUUUUCUUUGUUCCCGCCUCUUAAGUACCUUAUCUACACUUCCACUUACCACUCUCUUCAUCACACACAAUUUCGGACAAACUAUUCGCUUUUCAUGCCAAUGUACGACUACCUAUAUGGCACUACAGACAAGUCAACAGACAAUCUAUACAAGAGCUCGCUUCAAAGACAAGAGGACUCACCCGAUGUAGUGCACUUGACCCAUUUGACGACGUUGGAGUCCGUCUACCACAUUCGUCUUGGUUUUCGGUCUUUGGCCUCUAGACCCCAAAGUUCUAGCAAAUGGUACAUCCGAAUAAUGUUUCCCUUGACACUUUGUACAACCCUAGUCACCCGAAUUUAUGGACGCACCUUUGUGGUGGAAAGGAAUGUCUUCAAGAAUCUCAAAUUGCAAACUUGGUCUUUACCAAAAUUUACCCUUCAUUAUUUCAUGAAAUGGCAAAGGGAGGGCAUCAAUAGAUUCAUUGAGGAAGCAAUACUAGAAGCUGAUGGCAAGGGCACUAAGGUCUUUAGCCUGGGCCUCAUGAACCAGGGGGAAGAUUUGAAUGAAAAUGGUGAGGUUUAUAUCAAGAGGAACCCUAAUCUCAAAGUGAAGGUGGUGGAUGGGAGUAGCCUAGCAGUUGCAAUUGUCCUCAAUAACAUCCCAAAAGGUACAACUCAAGUCAUUCUAAGAGGCAAUCUAACUAAAGUCGCUCGGGGCAUUGCCAUGGCCUUAUGCCAAAGGGGUAUUAAGGUGACAACACUAUACAAGGAUGAAUACGAGAAGCUUAAAAAAAUGUUUCAAACCAAUCCCCAUAUUGAUAACUUGGCACACUUAGCAGAUUCAUGGGAUGACAAGAUAUGGUUAGUGGGAGAAGGACUGAGGGAAGAGGAGCAAAUGAAGGCACCGAAAGGGACAAUUUUCAUCCCAUUCUCUGGGUUCCCUCCAAACAAGCACAGAAAAGAUUGUUUUUAUUUCCCGACACCUUCUUUGCUUGUCCCCAAUCAUCUCCACAAUCUCGACUCUUGUGAGAAUUGGCUACCGAGGAGGGUGAUGAGCGCGUGGCGUGUGGCAGGGAUAGUGCAUGCUCUCGAGGGUUGGAACGAGCACGAGUGUGGCGACACAAUGUUGGAUUAUGACAAAGUCUGGGAAGCGGCUCUUCUUCACGGCUUCCAACCCUUUACUAGUGUUAUCCCAUAUUAAUUAAUUCAAUAAUUAAUUAUGAGUUCUACCUAUAUAUAUAAAUAAUUAUGGCAAUGUAAUAAUUUGUCUAUCUAAAAUUCUGGCAGUGUAAUAAUUUGUCUAUCAAAAACUGUGGCAAUGUUAUAAUUAUUUGUCUAU